UUUCUUCCUUCAACUUCACCAUUGAACUUCAUAAUUUAACAUAGGAAGCCGACGACGCGCGGGAUCCAGUGACCCAUGGGGCAGCUUGAGCGCGCUGACGCGCACAAUGGCCGAGCCGCCGCGGGCGAGCCGCCGCCGUCGCCACCAGCACCAGCUGAUCCGUCGCCAGCACCAGCGCCCCUUGCGUAUCGACAGCGGCAUCAGCAGCUAUGGCGCAGAAGCGGCGCCUGCUCGGCCGGCCGUCCCUGCUACCCGCUGGGCCUGACGCGACUCCCGCCAGAGCUGCUCAGCGUGACGACUGCCUGUGGCGACAGGGGCAGCGGCGGGGGCAGCGGUCGCGAGAAGUUGUGUGAGGGCAUGGCAGCUGGCGCAGGUACUGAUGCUGAGGGCGGCAGUGGGGCACACAGGCCACUGGCGGCGGGCCCUCCCUCGGCAUCCAACCACCUCGAGUCUGAUGUGGGUUUCGGCAGUAAUGUGGGCGGCAGCGGCGGCGUAUUUGACCGGCUGUCAGGCGGCGACCUGGCUCGGUGCCGCGCCGUACACAGCAGCUGGCGGGACUGGCUGGAUCAGGGAGAGGAGCACGAGGAGGGCGCGGCGGCGGAGGGGUUGAAGCAGACAGUGGCUGCUGCUGAAGAGGAGGAGGAGGCUGCUGGCACGGGUCGCCGCACCGGUGGCAGUAGCAAGCCCCGGCACUGGCAAGCCUCGGUAGGCGGCGGCAGGCGGCUGCUGUGGCAGCGCGCCGCCGUGGCCGACGGGCUGUACGACUUAGCGUUGAAUCCAGCACCGGAUCCCAAAGGGCAGCCGCAGCCCGCCGACCGCAGCAACAAGGCCAGUAUUGGCUGUAAUGCCCCAGCAGGUGGGGUGGUGGGGGCGGCGGCUAGCGUUGUGGGUGGCGCCUCUGAUGGCCCGCCCGGUCAGCAAGGGCCCAGCGGUGGCUGCAACAGCAGCAGUAGCAGCAGCAGCGGCAGCAGUAGCAGCGCCGGCGGUGGCGGCGGUCAUGCAGCGGCAGGGCGGGCAGCAGGCCACCAGCUCUACACUGCCUGCCUAGCAAACAAGGCGGCGCAACGCCUUGCAUGGCUGACCCUCAUUUCGAAGGACCUGCCUCACACGACUGGAAUCGUCGCAGUAGCGUGCCUGCCUGCCGAGGAGCUGUGCGGCCGGGGAAGAGGCAGCAGCGGCGGCGGCGGAUGUGGCGGCGGCAGUGACGAGGGUGUGGGCGGCCCGCCGCCGUGGCAGUCGCGGACGCUGGCAUGCCUUGAGCGUGUGGUGUCGCGGCUGGCCCUGCUGCUGGAGUCAGGCCGGGUGCAGCUGGAGGUCGGCGACGGCGACAACGCCGGGCAGUGGUGAGGCUAGCGGAUAGGUAGCUGGGUGGCCUAGGUAGCUCGUCUCUGGGCAGAAGGGCUAGCUAGCGAAAGCGCGCGCGGCAGUGAGCGCUCCGUAUGUAGGGCAUACAUGCGCACACCAACUACUCACAUGCUCCCGCAUUACUGUACAUGACGAGUGUGGUGGGAACGAAUGCUGUACAUGUGUUGCGCAGGCAGGUGGAGGGGCCACGCGAACUCGACGCGGGUGGGGACGGCGGCCACACCGCGGCGCAGAUGAGCAGCCUGUGCCAUUCGCUCAGUAGCUACCGGUGCGUUGGCGCUGCAUGCAAGGGCGUGGGAAAAGGGAACAGCGGUUGGACUGCUCAGCCCGGGUUAGGCCGUGCGUAUGGCUGGCCGCACAGGCACCUUGGCCACGCGCGGCCUACUGUUCACGUCAUUUUCCCUCAGGGCCAGCCGUGGAUUUGGUUGCAAGCACAUCAUUACCUACCUGCCUCUGUGACCUUGAAUAGGGAAUUUGCUCUGCGGGGUGUGGGCGCAUGCGGCCUCACACUGAGGGAGGUCGCCCACACGCGUGGCGUCGCUCUGUGCGGCUCGGCCGGCUGUGAGCAGCUCGCGGCGUGUGAAGCACACAGCAAGGCGGCGAGUGCGCGCGCUGCGAGGCGAGUGUACACCCUACGCAUGGUGAGGACAUUGAUUGAGAGGGGUUGGGAGCUCGUACGGUAGUGGCCGGUCAGUGUGCAUGCUUGCCUGUGCAAUUGCAUGUUACCUGGGGUCGGCAAGCUGUGCUCCUGACUGGCGGCUGAAGUCCUGCUGUUUGCUGACUUCGUUCAGGCUCUGGAGUCUUUGGACUUGAAGGCCGCAGCCAUAGCUGUAGGAGGCAAUGGCGAUGGCGACGGCGGCACGGCAGCAGCGGCGCACGUGGCUGGCAUUUUGCGGCGGGGCAUGGAGUCCGGCGUGCGCCCGGCGCUGCAUGCAACAUGCGAGGCGAUCAUAGGGGCUGCGACGGCAAUAAAACAUGAGAUGAUGGCCAUGUUGGAGUUGUCUACGAAGUUGUAGGGGCCCGUGUGGUUUUGUAGGGGCCCGAGGCACACGAGGGGCAUACACAUCCCGGGCGCCCGGGCGGACCGACAGCUGGCUGCGACAACGCUGUUUUGCGGUCUUGGAUAAUGAGAUACAUAAAUUUUGAGUCGCAUACACGCAUUAGGAGCUUAAUG